AUGGAAGGAGGAGGAGGAGGAGGAGUGACGGCGACUCUACUGAGAAAGACGGAUGAGAACAGCAGAGAAGAGGAUGAGUUAGACAUGAAGGAGAAAAUUUGGAAUGAAUCAAAGAAGUUAUGGGUUGUGGCGGCGCCAGCGAUCUUCACAAGAUUCUCUACGUCCGGAGUAUCUUUGAUAACUCAAGCUUUCAUCGGCCACCUUGGCCCGACUGAGUUGGCCGCUUACUCUAUCACUCUCACCGUUCUCCUCCGUUUCAGUAAUGGUAUCUUGUUAGGCAUGGCUAGUGCACUGGAAACACUAUGUGGCCAAGCAUACGGAGCAAAACAAUAUCAUAUGCUUGGGAUUUACCUCCAAAGGUCAUGGAUCGUCCUCAUAGGCUGCACCAUUUGCCUCACGCCCAUCUACAUCUUCGCUAGCCCUAUACUCUUAGCCCUAGGUCAAGAGGAACGCCUUGUUCGUGUGGCUCGGACCAUUGCGCUAUGGGUCAUAGGCAUCAACUUCUCCUUCGUGCCUUCUUUCACUUGCCAAAUGUUCCUCCAAGCUCAAAGCAAGAACAAAAUCAUCGCUUGUGUGGCUGCUGUUUCCUUAGGGGUCCAUGUUUUCUUGUCAUGGCUCCUAACUGUUCAUUUUGACUUCGGGAUCCCUGGUGCCAUGACCUCGUCGCUCGUAGCGCAUUGGUUGCCUAACAUAGCUCAGCUCUUGUUCGUCACGUGCGGUGGAUGUAAGGACACGUGGAGAGGAUUCUCUUGGUUGGCUUUUAAGGAUCUUUGGCCUGUCUUCAAACUAUCACUGUCUUCCGGUGGCAUGACUUGUUUGGAGCUAUGGUACAACUCGAUCUUGAUUCUGCUCACGGGAAACUUAAAAAACGCUGAAGUUGCUCUCAAUGCACUUGCAAUCUGCGUCAAUAUCAAUGCACUGGAGAUGAUGGUAGCUUUUGGCUUCAUGGCAACGGCAAGUGUAAGAGUUUCAAACGAGAUCGGGAGUGGAAACUCUAAAGGAGCCAAGUUUGCGACAAUGAUAGUGGUUUUGACAUCACUUUCAUUAGGAAUCGUUUUCUUCUUUGUCUUCUUGUUUCUAAGAGGAAAGGUUUCAUACAUUUUCACAACAAGUGAAGCUGUUGCUGCACAAGUAGCCGAUCUUUCUCCACUCUUGGCCUUCUCUAUCCUCCUGAACAGUGUUCAGCCCGUUCUCUCUGCAAAUGUUGAACCGAUUAUGACCGGAGCAGGAGUUGCUGUUGGAGCGGGGUGGCAGAAGUAUGUUACGUACGUUAACAUUGCUUGCUAUUACCUUGUUGGGAUACCUUCCGGUGUGUUUCUUGGCUAUGUCAUCGGUUUGCAAGUUAAAGGUGUUUGGUUAGGAAUGAUUUUUGGAAUCUUCGUUCAGACUUGCGUGCUUACUAUAAUGACUAUGAGAACAGACUGGGAUCAGCAGGUUUCUUCCUCGUUGAAACGUUUGAACCGUUGGGUUGAACCAGAAUCCAGAGGUCGAAACUAA